AGUUAUCGCUCUUUUGUUUUGUCACCGGUCCUGAGAGAAUACCAACCCUUUCACUUUCACAGAGAAAACAAACUUUUCAGCUUACUUCGAAAGUUCAUUUCAACGACAAGUUUUAUUUUGAUUAAACCUAGAUCUAGAUCUAGUUUUAGGCCUAUUUCCAAAUCUAAAAUGACAUCUGUUGUUACUGUACACGGACACGAAGCCUUGAGUAAAGCCCUGAAAGAGAAAUCUAGCAAUGCGUAUGUCGUCUUCUAUGCUGACCCUGAUGAAAAUUCCAUGAGCUGGUGUCCUGAUUGCAGAAAUGCUGACCCUGUUCUUCGACGGCACUUGAGCAGAUUGCCAAGUGAUGCUCAAGUCAUCUUUUGUUAUGUUGGAGACAGACCACAGUGGAAGGAUCAAAACAACAGCUUCAGAACUGACCCAGUUUACAAGUUGACAAGUGUUCCCACUGUGAUCAACAUGGCCACGAAAGACAGGCUGGUUGAAGGCCAGUGUAUCGAGGACAAGUUGGUAAAAACCUUCUUCUCCAACGGUGAAGAUUCUGUUUGAGGCUGUUUGGGGUGGUUGUUGUGGUGCUGCCUGGACUAAAAGAGCUUAUGUUACACUUUCUUCAGUAUUGUCUGCAGAACUGAGAUGGAGACACAAACUUUCUUUUAUUUUUAUUCUUUGAAAUGAUGGUAUUUACCACGUUUGGUUUCACUGAACAAUAAUAUUCAGUUGUUCUAUACAUCAGGAAUUUGUGACGUUUUGGUAUCAUAGAAAAUAUGAAUGUCUUUUUGAUAACUUGCACUAUUUUUUUGUGCCUUUAUUUUCACAAAGAUGAAGUAAUUAAUAAAUGCUAAUUGGAUAAAUUUAGUAGACAAAUUUAGAGGUUGGAUCAAAGUAUUUGUGAGAUAAAAUUUUAAUUUAAAGCUGUUUUUCUGGAUGGCAUUAUCAAAGUCAUUCGCUGAUUCGCCCAUAGAUUAUGACAAGCUUUCAUCUUUGUUAAAGAUUUUCAAGUUGUAGGAGCCUGUGUCUCUGUAAAGGGACCGUUCACAUAUAACAUCAUCUAAGAUAUGGCCAAAAAUGACACCACCCCCCCCCCCUUGUAAUCUUUCCUGGAAAAAAAAA